AUGGAAAUAAAAUAUAAAUUACCUCCUCUUCCAGCUAAUAUUGUUGAUAUAUACAACAAGAUGACAAAAUAAAGAAAACAAUUUUAUAAAAGAUAGGCAUCACAAAUGUCAACAUUAUGCAAAUUAUUAAAAGUUUCUGUAGGAACAGUUGUGUUAGCAUUUCCUGAAGGAUUUAAAAAAGUGCACAUUGCAGGUGGAGUUUUGGUAUUAGUAAUUUGUGGAUUACUGCAAUAUUAUUCUUGGACUUUACUUAUACGAGUAAUAGAAGAAAAGGCAGAAAUAAAGAGAAAAGAAGAAUAAGAAAAAUAAUAGGCUUAAGCUCAAAAUAACUCUUAAGUCAUGGAAAUAGAGAUGGUAAAUUAAUAAAAAGCUUAAAUAUAAUCAGAAAGAUCCUUAUCAGAAGUUGGUAAAUAAGAGGAAGAAUUUGAAGAAAUAAUAGGAGAAGAUAUUAUAGAUGAUAUAGAAGAUGAAGAUAAUAAAAAAAUAAGAUAAGAAGAAGAAGAGUUUCAUAAAUAAGCUAACAAUCCUUUAGCUAAAAAGACAAUAAAAUUUGAGAAAAUGAAUAUGAUGGGUGUUAUGCUUGUGAUAGAACCAAAUAGUAGAAUAUUAGUCAUUAUAUCUAAAAUAAUGACAAUACUUUUAUUUUAUGGUCAAGCACUAAGCUUAUUAAUAUUCUGUAAAUAAACAUUUGAUUAGAUAAUACCUAAUUUUGCUGAUAAUUCAUUAAAUACUUUAUAUUUAGCAUUUGGCACAAUAGGUGUUAUUAUGGCUUUUUCUUUUAUUACAAGAAUGGAGACUCUAAAAUAAACAACAAAUAUUGGUUCCUAUUUGGUAUUUAUUGUUAUGUAUUUCUUUACUUGUGUAUGUCUAUAUUAAAUCAAGAAUUCUGGAUCUUCAGACAAUAAUCCUAAUAUUGAUUAUGGAAUCAAAUUUAGUGAGCUUCCAUUUUUUUUUGGGGUUACACUAUAUUCUUAUGAUAUUAAUGGUAUUUUAACAGAGAUAAGAGAAGAAAUGAAGCAUCCAGAGCGUUUUCGAAAUAAUCUAGCCUCAUCAAUGUUAAUUUGUUGUGUAAUUUAUACAUUAUUUGGAGUAUGUGGAUAUUUAGCAUUUGGAGAUUCCACUUAAGAAUUAAUAACAUCAAAUUUAUUGAAUGUAGUUUCAGAAAUUGGAUUAGGGAUUUUAAAUGCCUUUUAUGCGUUAUAAAUAAUGUAUGCAUUGUCGAUGAUUUAGACAAUUUUAUUAUAAAAUGUUGUAUGUAUUAGAUUAAUGGAAGAAUUGCCGUAUGACUUUUAGAAAUCUGAAGUGAAACCAAAUUUGAAUAUUUGGUUGAAAUUAGGAAUUAGAAUAAUAUAUGUCUCUGCAUGUGUGGUAAUAAAAUAAUAAUAUUUAUAAGUUUGGAGGAUAUUAUUUGAUAAACUUUAGUACAAUAAUAUCAUUACUUGGUUGUAUUCCAUCUGUAUAUUUGGGAUUUGUGAUGCCUUAUUAUUUAUUUAAAAAAGUCUUCAGAAGAUAGAAGCUUUAUAUAGAAAUAUUAAAUGGGACAGUACUUUUUUUAGGAGUGGCAGGCGCUAUUUUAGGAAUAAUUCAAAUAUUUGGUGCUUUGUAUUGA